AUGGUGAAGACUCAGUUUGAGGAAUUGCUGUUGAUCCCUCUCAUAAUGCCCAUGGAUGCCACAACCAGUGGAACCCCCACUAUCCAAUACCAUAACAUCCCUGAUCAGCCAAUUACUACCAUUGUUGCCACACAACUGCCUACAUUUCAACGGCAGCAACGCCAUUGCUUUGGGGACUCCAGUCCAGGAGAGUUUCCCUUGUCUGCUAAUCCCUCCAUUGUCCUUCAUGUACUUACAUCAUGUAACUUGUAUCCUCAAGACCUUGCUAAACUAGAGACAACAUGCUCCUUCUUCAAGAAGCCAGCAAACUUUGCUCCAGAUUUCAAUUUGUCCUUGUCAGAGCUUGCUGCAUUGGACAUGUGCCAGAAGAGAGCCAUUUUUAAGCCAAUGACGACAGAACAACAGCAACAGUUGAAGCAAAGAUGUGGCGGUUCUUGGAAAUUGGUUCUGAGAUUUUUGCUGGCUGGAGAAGCAUGUUGCACAAGAGAAAAAUCACAGGCGAUAGCAGGUCCUGGUCAUAGCAUUGCUGUGACAUCAAAAGGGGUUGUUUAUUCAUUUGGGUCCAAUAGUUCAGGACAACUUGGGCAUGGUACAACUGAAGAGGAAUGGCAACCUCGACCAAUCAGAGCUUUACAAGGCAUCCGGAUUAUACAUGCUGCUGCUGCGACUGGGAGGACAAUGUUGAUCAGUGAUUCUGGGCAGGUCUAUGCCUUUGGGAAAGACUCUUUUGGUGAAGCCGAGAUUGGAACGCAAGGAUCUAAAAUGGUUACAACUCCACAAUUAGUUGAAUCUUUGAAAAACAUAUUUGUUGUGCAAGCUGCAAUUGGAAACCUUUUCACAGCCGUAUUGUCAAGAGAAGGCAGGGUUUAUACGUUUUCUUGGGGUAGUGAUGGCAAACUCUGUCACCAUACCGACCCAAAUGAUGUGGAACCCCGUCCUUUAUUAGGAGCUCUGGAACACAUACCAGUAGUGCAGAUAGCUGCCGGAUUCUGCUACCUCCUUUGUUUAGCUUGUCAACCAAGUGGAAUGUCUGUCUACUCUGUUGGGUGUGGUUUGGGUGGGAAGCUUGGCCAUGGCUCAAAAACUGAUGAGAAGUAUCCUCGCUUGAUUGACCAAUUCCAAACGUUAAACCUUCAGCCGAAGGUGGUUGCAGCUGGUGCUUGGCAUUCAGCUGUCGUAGGGCAGGAUGGCCGUAUUUGCACAUGGGGGUGGGGUCGUUAUGGCUGCUUGGGUCAUGGUAAUGAAGAAUGCGAAUCUGUACCUAAGGUGGUGGAGGAGUUGAGAGAUGUCAAAGCAGUUCAUGUUGCUACAGGAGAUUACACCACCUUUGUAGUGGCUGAUAAUGGUGAUGUGUAUUCAUUUGGUUGUGGAGAAUCUGCUAGUCUUGGCCAUAACCCUGAGAAUGAUGAGCAGGGAGACAUGCAUGCAAAUGUGUUAACUCCAAAGCUUGUGACUUCAAUGAAUGAGAUAAAUGACCGGGUGGUGCAGAUUAGUCUGACCAAUUCCAUAUAUUGGAACGCUCAUACCUUUGCCUUAACUGAAUCAGGGAAGCUGUAUGGCUUUGGGGCGGGGGACAAAGGACAACUUGGCGUAGAGCUUGGUGCCAACCAGGCUGAAAGAGGAAAGCCAGAGCUGCUUGAUAUUGAUCUUGAAAUGGCACGCGCAUGCUGUGUUGUGGUUCUGGCCCUUCUAAUGUUCGCCAUCAUUGGCCUCGCCUCUGCGGAGAAGGCGUCACCGCCAGCUGAUGUCUCCGCCGACGACUAUGAGACCGAUGACUACACCAUUGGAGCCAUCAGCAAAGGAGCUGCUUCUGCACCCGGCGGUGUCGUCGCUGCACCCCUUGGUGGACCCGUGCCUCCCGGUGCUUUUGCCGACGCCAAGGGUGGUGAUUCUACCCCCACCGUCGCUUCCGCUUCCGCCUCCGCCGCCGCCUACUCCCUCGGACACUUCUCCGCCAUCGCUGGAGUUGCCUCCGCCGCUCUCGCCGCCGCUUUCUACUUCUAA